UCACGGUGAAAACCCAAAAAAAUCAAAAAAUGUCUCCAAAUCCAAAACCUCUCUUCUUCUUCUUCAUCUUCCUCUUCAACUACGCUUCACUCUCAUCCUCUCUCUCUUUCCACUUCCCACUCAAAUCACUCCAUAUCUCUCCCACCACCACCCAUUUCACAACCUCUCUCAUCUCUCGCCGGAACCCAUCUCCGUCGUCGUACAAUUUCCGAUCAAAAUUCAAAUACUCAAUGGCUUUAAUCAUCUCUCUCCCGAUCGGAACACCACCACAAGCCCAACAAAUGGUUCUCGAUACCGGAUCCCAGCUCUCGUGGAUCCAAUGCCACCGUAAAAAAAUCCCUCCGCCGAAAACCUCUUUCGAUCCGUCGCUCUCUUCCUCCUUCUCCGAUUUGCCUUGCUCUCAUCCUCUUUGUAAACCGCGAAUUCCCGAUUUUACCCUUCCCACUUCCUGCGACUCGAACCGUCUCUGUCACUACUCGUACUUCUACGCAGACGGGACCUUCGCCGAGGGUAAUCUCGUCAAAGAGAAAAUUACUUUCUCUAAUACCGAAAGUACCCCUCCUUUGAUUUUAGGUUGCGCUACUGAAUCCUCAGAAGAUAGGGGUAUUUUGGGAAUGAAUCGUGGUCGUCUCUCUUUCGUCUCGCAAGCUAAGAUUUCGAAAUUCUCUUACUGUAUACCACCGAAAUCGAACCGACCCGGUUUAAUCCCAACCGGUUCGUUUUACCUCGGGGAAAACCCGAAUUCUCACGGGUUUAGAUACGUUUCUCUGUUGACUUUUCCCGAGAGUCAACGCAUGCCGAAUCUGGAUCCUCUGGCUUACACUGUACCGAUGGUUGGGAUUCGAAUUGGUCAAAAGAGGCUUAACAUUUCCGGUUCGGUUUUUAGACCUGAUGCAGGCGGGUCGGGUCAAACCAUGGUUGAUUCAGGAUCCGAGUUUACUCACUUAGUAGACGCAGCUUACGAGAAAGUGAGAGAAGAGAUCGUGAGACUUGUGGGACCUAAACUGAAAAAGGGUUACGUGUACGGUGGAACAGCAGACAUGUGUUUCGCUGGAAACCCGAUGGUGAUCCAACGGUUAAUAGGCGAUAUUGUGUUCGAGUUAAGAAGAGGAGUCGAAAUACUCGUUCCAAAAGAGAGGGUUCUAGCUAAUGUAGGAGGUGGGAUCCACUGUAUUGGAAUCGGACGGUCGAGUAUGCUUGGUGCAGCUAGUAAUAUAAUCGGAAACGUUCAUCAACAAAAUUUAUGGGUCGAGUUUGAUGUAACCAAUAGAAGAGUGGGAUUCGCUAAGGCUGACUGUAGAAGAGUACCGUGAGGAAAGCGGAGUUUAUUCAGCUACGGUCGAGUGCAGGGUCACAUACAGUAGACCUGAGAUCAUCGUUCGAUUAUGAGUUUGAUCGGACGGUACAUAUUGAAAAUCAGUUUUGAAUGAGGAGAAAAAUUGUGGGUCUAUCGAUGAAGUGACCUUUUAUUAGGGGCUCUGAACAUUACAUUGAUGUACUAUAAUAAUUAAAGUGUUCACGUAGAUUUUUAUGGUUUGCACCGUUUGUAUUGUAUAUUAUAUGGUUCUUAUAACUUGUUACAAAAUAUCUAAUAUAUUGUCAUUGUAGCUUUGA